ACGCGCAGCUGUCAUGUGGGGAAGAUGAGUGAUACCGUGGUCGCAGAGGGAGCCGCAAAAAUCAGAGACGGCAAAAAAUGGAGGAGCCGCUGGCUGGUUCUGCGCAAACCCUCACCGGUCGCAGAUUGUUUGGUGCUGUACGUUUAUAAGGAGCGCGGUUUGAAGGACAGGAGCAGCGUGACGCUGGAGCACAUCUGCGGUCUGGAGACGUGUGUCAGCGCCGACGUUCCCUUCAUCCUCUCAAUCCUGUGUCUCAGUCAAACCGCCAUGCUCGGCUUCGACAGCAAGGAGGCGCUGCAGAGCUGGGACCUGCGACUGCGCUACUGCCUCGGGGAAGAUUCUGUCUGUUUGAGCUUUACGCAAGUCUUGAGUAAUUCAGAUGUGUGUCAUGAUCAUUGUGUUUUUGGUUUGACUUGCAGGUGUUCUUUAACACACAACUUUGACCGUGACCAGAAGUGGGGAUACUGUAGUUCACCCACACGGUUGUUUAAUGGGUUUCUUCCUCCACGUCAGGGUCCAGGUCUCUGUCGGCAAAACCCGUGUUUGAAUGGGGGUGUUUGUGCCACGAACACUCACCUAGACUCAUUUGAUUGUGUGUGUCCGGAUGGCUUUACUGGAGCUCUGUGUGAAAAAAAGAAGUGCUACGAGCCGCUGCGUCUGAAGCACUAUGACAUUGGAGAAUCGUGGGGACGGAUCUACCAACGAAGCGUAGAGAUGUGCACGUGCCUCGGUGGGGAGGUCAGCUGCGAGCGUGCACGUUACACGGUGUGUUCGCGAAAUCUCUGUGAAAAUGACGGUGUCUGUAGAAUGAUUGAGGCCACUGGUGAAGAGGUGUGUGGGUGCAAAUCUGGAUAUAUUGGACAAUACUGUAACAUCAACCCACGAGAGCAGUGUUACCGUGAUUCAGGUGCAGAGUAUCGUGGUGUAGCCAAUGUCACUGUCUCUGGAUCAUCCUGCCUGCCAUGGAACUCGGAUCUGUUGUUCAGUGAGCUGACAGUAGAUACAGUGGACAGCGCCCCCCUCAGGGGCCUUGGAGAACAUGCUUUCUGCAGGAAUCCUGAUCAAGAUAAGCUGCCAUGGUGUUACACAAUGACAGAGAAAGCCAUUUCUUGGGAGUACUGCGACAUCCAGCCCUGCUCAAAACAACCAUCUUCCCGCAGAGUUCCUGUCAUGACUGCCGUACCUCGGCCGCCCCGCACCCCUGCCAGGACACCGGCGUGUGGUAAGAGGCACAGGAAACGGAUCGAUCGGGGUCGUAUCCUGGGUGGGACUUCCGCAUUGGCUGGCGCUCACCCCUGGAUGGCAGCGUUGUACAUCAGAGAUGAGUUCUGCGCGGGAACGCUGGUUUCCGCCUGCUGGAUCGUAUCCGCGGCCCACUGCUUCCUGCGCAAUCCAUUGCGGUCACAGAUUCGGGUUGUUCUUGGCCAACAUCACUUUAACGACACCGGCUCGAACACCAGGACGUUUGGUGUUGAGGACUAUAUUUUGUACCCCAAUUAUACUCAGUUCCAGCCGACCUUAAAUGAUAUUGUCUUACUGAAGCUGAAGAAGGUCAACGGACGCUGUGCUCAGAAAACACAGUUCAUCAGGCCGAUCUGCCUGCCAGAGAAAGGCACAACGUUCCCGGAUCACUUCUGCUGUAAGAUCUCGGGCUGGGGUCAUAUGAGUGAAAAGGCAAACUCAUAUUCAGACCUGAUCGAGGGAGUGGUGAAGAUUAUUCCGUUUGACCAGUGUUCGAGUCCAGAUGUGUAUGGAUCAGAGGUCCGGUCAGGGAUGCUGUGUGCCGGGAGUGACUCCUGUGUGGACGCCUGCCAGGGAGACUCCGGCGGUCCUUUAGCAUGUGAGUGUAACGGUGCGAGUUUCCUUUACGGCAUCAUCAGUUGGGGGGACGGAUGUGGACGGUCAGGAAAACCAGGCGUGUAUACCCUCGUGCCCAAAUAUUCUGACUGGAUAAACAGCGUCAUUAAAAGAUCCAGGAAAACAUCAUCAGCUAACAGAAUAAAGAUAAACAUUUCCAUUGGGAAUCAAUGCCAAAGACAACCCAUAAAUCAACUGUGACUUUAUUAUUAAUGUAUUACUCUUUCCAUUACAGUGUUCAUGUUAUUGAGUAAUACUAAUGAACUUAAGUGUUGUUAAUGCUAUUGUAUUUAUAUUAACAAGCAAUAUAUAUAUAUAUAUAUAUAUAUAUAUAUAUAUAUAUUGCAUAUCAAUAAAUUAAAUUUAUUGCUGUG